GCCGUCUCGGGAUCAAAGUCACAAGUCUGUGCAAGCAAUCCAGGAAUCAUGGGCGUGAUAAGCUACUUCACAGGAUACCGCGGCGCUACAGGCUUUGGAUCGGGAGCUACAGCCGAGAAAGUUGCAAAGGGGAUUUCUCUGGAAUCCAAAGUGGUAAUCGUCACAGGGGCUACCUCCGGAAUUGGGUUUGAGACUGCCAGAGUUCUCGCCAAGCACGGUGCACACGUUGUUAUCCCAGCCAGGAAGCUACAGAACGCUGAAGCAGCCAAGUCCAAGAUCCAACGCGAAUUCCCUAAUGCAAGGGUCACUGUUCUUGAGUUGGAUCUGAGCUCUCUCAAGUCGGUCAGGAAAUUUGUCGACGACUUCAACGCUCUAAAUCUCCCGCUCCACAUCCUCAUAAACAAUGCUGGGAUGACGGCCAAUAACUUCCAGCUCUCACCGGAUGGCUUGGAGCUCGAUUUCGCGACAAACCAUAUGGGUCCGUUUUUGCUCACUGAGCUGCUGUUGGACAAGAUGAUCCAGACUGCAUCUCAAACUGGAGUGCAAGGUCGGAUUGUCAUGGUGGCGUCUGAAGGACACAGAUAUGUUCCAAAAGGCGGGAUUGAGUUUGACAAGCUGAAUGAUAAGAACAGCUUCCAAUGGAUUACUAGCUACGGAAGAUCAAAACUGGCCAACAUACUGCAUACCAGGGAGUUAGCAAGCCGCUUGAAGGAGAAGGGUGCCAACGUGACUGUAAAUUCACUUCAUCCUGGAACUAUCAAGACGAACCUUGGAAGAGAUUUCAACCAGACUUCAGCUAAGCUGCUUCUCUUCCUUGCGAGCCCACUUUGCAAAUCCAUCCCGCAGGGCGCUGCUACAACCAUGCUUCUUGCGGUCCAUCCUUGCAUGGAGGGCGUGAGUGGAAAGUACUACUUGGAUUGCAACGAAGCGGAUUGCACCCCUCAUGCCAAGGACAUGAAGUUGGCUGCAGAGCUGCGGACUUUUAGUGAGGAGUUUAUCAAGUCUCAUCCUUGAGUUACAUUAAUUUUCUUUCAAAGUUUUGGCCUGCGUUUAUUUUUGAAUGAGGAGCUUUUACAACUUCCUUCUACAUCAGUUGACUCUGAGUCUGGACCAUUUUGACGGCAAACCAGUGAAGUGAACGGGCCAGGAAAAGUGUGGCAAUGAAGCAAGGUGACGACAACGACGGUAGAGACGUAUUUCUGUUGCGCCUCACUCAUCAGGCAUGCUUAUUAUACCUUUUGGAUUCAUGCUUCUUAAACACCAUUUCAUGGAAUCUCCGUACUUAUGGUU